AUGAGCACUGUCAGUCGGUUGGGCAAUCGUACGACCUCAAUUGCAGAACUCUUUGAGGCAAUCAACUUUGGCCAGUCAGAGUACUCGCCAAAGUUUUUCAACCGUUUUCACACUGAAAUUCAACCGACAAAACCGAUGUACAUUUCGGAGUACUGGUCCGGUUGGUUUGACGCCUGGAAUCAGACUGGGCAUUCGGUAAGACCGGCUAAAGAAUUAGUUGAUAAUGCUGAAAAGAUGAUGCUCAGCUUUAAUGCAUCAGUCAACUUCUAUCCAAUGCUAGGUGGAACAAGUUUUGAUUUUUGGGCUGGAUCAGAAAAUGAAAAACUUCACAGGAGAGUCACAACUUCGUAUGACUUUGACACUAUCAUUUCAGAGGGACUUCAAUACACUGAAAAAUACCAUCUAGUUAGAAAGUUGUACUUAAAACUUGUCAAUGUUGGAAGAAUGCCAAAACUUCAUCUGCCUAAAGUUCCACAAAUAACCACAUUAACAUCUUAUGACAAUGUAACUGUGACGCAUUAUUUACCAUUAGAACAACUAUUGAAAAAAUGUAGAAAAUUUGAAAAUCUCACAAAACCAGUAACAAUGGAAAUGCUUAAUUUUGGAGCAAAUUAUGGACAACGAUAUGGUUUUAUCCUUUAUAGAGUGGUUGGAAAACAAGUUAAAGAAUACCAAAUAACUGGCCCUAUUCGAGAUAGGGGAAUCUUUUUAGUUGACAGCGUUGAAGUUGAUGUACUUCAAGAUGCGGACAACUUCACAACAACAAUUACUCAGAACAAAUGGUCGCUUAAUGUAUCUUCAAAUGCACACACUGUUGACAUGCUAGUUGAGAAUCAAGGACGCUCAAAUUAUCGAAAAUUGAAACUUGAUCAUGCUCGCAAAGGUAUCGAUUCAUCUAUUUUGUUAAAUGGAGCGCCAGCUGGUCAUUUGGAAGUUUAUUCUCUCGAUUUUAAUGCCACUUUUAUGAAACAAUUAAACGAAUUAAACAACUGGGUUCCACUAAUUGAACAUCAGCCAAUCACAUCACCGGCAAUGUAUCGUGGAAAAUUGCAAGUUACCGGACAACCUAAAGAUACAUACAUAUUUUUAGAAAGAUGGACAAAAGGCAAUGUUUUUGUAAAUGGCUUUAACAUUGGUCGAUACUGGAAAGUAGGGCCACAGCAAACUUUGUACAUUCCAGGACCAUUGCUGAAAACUGGAGAUAAUAUUGUUGAAAUUUUUGAGUUGCACAAAAAUGGUGUACAAUUGAGUUUUGUUCAAAACCCGAUUUGGAAAAAUUAA